GAGGCAACGACAUGAGGCUGUGGCUAAGAGGCCUGGUCCUCCAGGCUCUGAGGAGCACCCGGGGAGUCUGUGGGUCUCGUGGGCAGCCACCACCUCUGCCUGUCCCUCAGAAGAUUGUGACCACCUGGGAAGCCAUCAACCUGGGGAGGCAGCCAGUGCCUGAGUACUUCAACUUUGCCCGUGACGUGCUGGACGUGUGGACUCAGCUGGAAAAGGCUGGGCACCGGCCCCCGAACCCUGCAUUCUGGUGGGUCGAUGGCAUGGGAGCAGAGGUCAAGUGGAGCUUUGAGGAGCUGGGGGUGCAGUCCAGAAAGGCGGCUAACGUGCUAGGGGGCGUGUGCGGUCUGCAGCCUGGGGACAGAAUGAUGCUGGUGCUCCCGCGGCUCCCAGAAUGGUGGCUGGUCAGCGUGGCUUGUAUGCGCACAGGGGCCAUCAUGAUUCCAGGUGUCUCUCAGCUGAUGGAGAAGGACCUCAAGUAUCGGCUGCAGGCAUCCAGGGCCAAGUCCAUUAUCACCAGUGACUCCCUGGCUCCGAGGGUAGACGCCAUUAGCGCCGACUGCCCCUCCCUCCAGACCAAGCUGCUGGUGUCAGACAGCAGUCGGCCAGGCUGGAUGAACUUUAGGGAGCUUCUCCGGGAGGCAUCCACAGAGCAUGACUGCGUGAGGACCAAAGCUCAAGACCCACUAGCCAUCUACUUCACAAGUGGCACUACCGGGGCCCCCAAGAUGGUGGAGCACUCCCAGGCCAGCUAUGGUCUGGGUUUCGUGGCCAGUGGAAGGCAGUGGGUGGCCUUGACCGAAUCAGACAUCUUCUGGAACACGACUGACACUGCUUGGGUGAAGGCAGCCUGGACCCUCUUUUCCGCCUGGCCUAAUGGAUCUUGCAUUUUUGUGCAUGAACUUCCCCUAGUUGAUGCCAAGGUUAUCCUGAAGACUCUCUCCAGGCUCCCAAUCACCACCCUCUGCUGUAGGGAAACCCCACAAAUUCACAGGUCCUUGUCCAGUGGGGAAUUCUGGCCAGCUUGGGCUCUGGAGACAGCUGGACUUCCUGUUGACAUGUCCGCCACCUCCCGCAUGGGUUGCUCAGGCCAUAUCCAGCCUGAGUGGCUGUGCCCAGAUGGUCUUUCAUGGGCUCUCUUUGUCUUUCAGGACAAUCCUGAGAAGACGGCCGCAUCAGAACAAGGGGACUUUUACAUCACGGGGGACCGAGCCCGCAUGGACAAGGAUGGUUACUUUUGGUUCAUGGGAAGAAAUGAUGAUGUGAUCAAUUCUGCAAGCUACCGGAUCGGGCCCGUCGAAGUGGAAAGUGCCCUUGCCGAGCACCCAGCUGUCCUGGAGUCUGCUGUGGUCAGCAGCCCAGACCCCAUCAGAGGAGAGGUGGUAAAGGCAUUUAUAGUCCUUUCUCCAGCCUACUCCUCGCAUGACCCCGAAGAACUAACCCGGGAACUCCAGGAACACGUGAAAAGGGUGACCGCUCCGUACAAGUACCCCAGGAAGGUGGCCUUUGUUUCAGAACUGCCAAAGACAGUUUCUGGAAAGAUCCAAAGGAGUAAACUGAGAAGCCAAGAGUGGAAGAAAUGAGAUGCAACCCCAGAAAGUUCCCACAGGCCUCUGAAGCUUCUAAGAGGAAUUGGUGGACCAGUGGUUAGUCCCCACUUGGAGCAUCAUUCCUUCAACCCUAUGGCCUCAAAGGCUCUCGGCUUCCAAAUGGACAUCUCCAGAAUCACUGGAUGACCCUGGAAGAGAAGAAGAGCAUCACUGCCCCAGAGCACAUGGCCACUGCCCAGUCUAGCAAAUGUUUGGUGGCUCGACUUCCUCCUCUGUCUGGAGGCAUCUUCAACAGCUGCCCACUGGUCUUACUUCCUAGGAGCUUGCAGCUGGCCCUCCGAGGGACAGGUCACCAUAGCGUCAGAGCGCUUGUGAUCUCAUUCACUGCCAGUGGGAGCAUAACCACUUGACCCUUUUGAUAAAGCCAUUUGGUAAUCACAUCCAGGGCCAUAAACAUUGGUCACACACUUAAGCUCAGAAAUUUCAUCUUUGGGAAUCAUUACAAAAGGAAGGGUUCAAAAGAUGUUUACUGUAGCAUUUUUUACAACCGUAGGGGAAAAAAAGGAAAAAAUUCCAUGUCUAAACAAUAGGGUAAUAAGUAACUAAAUUGUAGUAGAUUAACUCAACCUAUUAUAUGGCGAUUAAAAUAUGCCUUGGGGAAAACUUAAGCUAUCUUACUUUUAAAUUGGAAUAAAAAUAACAUAUGAAUACUGGAGAGCCACAGCUUUGAAAAAUAAAGGAAAGACUGUAGAAGGAAAAAUGACGGGAAGGAAGUAUGCUGAGAUGUUAAUAGUAAUUUUCCUGGAUAUAGAAAAUAAUGGAUGAUAGCGUUUUCCUUUCCUGUACAUUUCUCUAUUUUCCAAGUUUUCUCAGUGAUUCUAUAUAACUAUUUUAAUGAAAAAACUAUUCUAAAGAAACAGUCUCCCCAAACCA